AUGCGAAGCCGUGAUACGCGCAGUCCGAGCUUCGAUCAGCCGGAGCUAGAGAUCGAGCAGGACAUGGACGAUGCUUGGUACGAUGAAGACGAGGUGGUCGAGAUGCCGCUGGAUGACGAAGACGAAGACGACGAGGGAGAGGAAAACGAUGGCGACGAGGGACCGCCGUUCGCUGCUCUCGAUGUGGACCACGAUGGCGAAGACGGCGAGGACGACGACGAUUUCCCGGCCGGUAUGUUGGGCGGUGGCAUUGGGCUGGAUCUGCGCAGUCUUCGCAGCCUUCUGAGUGGCAAUACCUCGCGGCCGUUCCGCGAUAUGCUAACAGCACUGCAACGCUCGGCCCAUGAGCCAUCGAUGCGCCUGUUGCAUCUGCAGGAACUAGCAGAGCGACUGAGUGUCACGACCGAAGAUGCAUUCCUAGGCGCGUUCCCGAUGAAGGGAUUGGUCAGUGAGCUUCUAUGGACAUUAGGUGGGCCGGAGCCAGAGGGCCAUGCAGUGCAUAUGGAGGAUUUGGACGAUGAGGACUUGGCCGCGGCGUUGGCCGCCAGUCGAGGUGGCGACGAUAGCGAGGGGGAGGCCAAGAUGUAUGCAUGCCGAUGCCUGGCCUACAUGAUUGAGGCGCUCCCGGAAUCGUCGCAGAUCAUGGUCCGAAUGGGACUGAUCCCGCUGCUAAUUGCCCAAUUGCAUGAUAUCACGUUCAUUGAUUUGGCGGAGCAGGUCCUGCAAACGCUGGACAAACUCGCGCCGUCGCAUGCCACGCUGAUCAUUCGCGAGGGUGGCUUGCUCGCCGCGCUGCAGUACCUCGACUUUUUCAGUGCGUACGUCCAGCGCACAGCCAUGUCGAUUGUCGCGCAGUGUGCGACGCAUAGCACGCCCAGUAUGGCCUCGCAUGCCCAGGCCAUCGUCCCGAUCCUGCAGCAGGUGCUGGGGUACGCGGAUGCGCGCCUUGUAGAGUCGGCGUGCCGUGCCGUGUGUGCGAUGACGGAACGUUUUGCCACCGACGAGAAGGUGCUGAGUGCGUGGCUCACGCCGCUUCUGGCGCCGCUCCUUGCACUUUUAGCGCGCGGUGUAGGGGCUGUCUCGAAUCAUCUGCCGACCUUCUCUCCGCCACUGUACGCAGAUCUACUGCGAUCGCUCUCGCUGGCGGCGACCAUGAGCACAGCGCUAGCGCACGAUAUGUGGGAGCAUGGCUUGCUGGAUACGCUGUACAUCCUGCUUACAGGCGCAACAGAUACCUCUAUGCAUGUUCCGCAACGUGCGCUCCUGCAGAACUUGGCGCAGCGCCCGCCUAUGCAGAUUGAGGCCGCGCUCCGACUGCUCCGUGAUGUGCUUCCCCAGCUGCCUGUGGAUGGCAUUUUCGAUGCGCGAUCGUACAGUGAGAAGGCGUACCAGCAAAAGCGACGCCGCGCGGAGCGUGAAGGCUGUGAGAUGGGCGAGUUGGAUGCAUCGUUGGACGAGGCGCCUGUACGUCGGCUCAGCGCUGCGGCCCUCAAGCAGCAGCGAGCCACCGAAGCGCGUGCGGAUGCACAGCGUGCAUGGCCGCACUUUUUCGAAAACUAUGCGACGCUAAUGCUACCUGUGUUUCUGGAUGUAUACACGGCUCUAGGCGCCGAGGAUGCACGGCACAAGAUUCUGGAGGUGGUCCUGGCUCUGCUAUGGUACGCCGACGUGUCGACGCUAGGCACCGUGCUGGAGCCUUUGCCCUUGGCCAGUUUCCUCACGAGCAUUCUUGGCUCGCAUGAGCAGGAAAGCUACACAGAAGCGGCGCUGCAAGCUGUAGAACUGCUUCUUCUUCGUCUGCCGUACGCUGCGCCUCUAUUGCGGGAAGGUACGGCGUGGGAAGUGGAGCAGUUGGCGAAAGCCGAGCCGCCUCACUACCGCGCCAAGCUGGUGUAUGAACGCUGGCGUGUAUGGCCAGCUGACACUGCUUUCAAAGAGGCACAGCAUAUCCAGGCGUCUCUGGCCCGCCUGGCAGAGCGACUGAAGUCCUCGGACGCUCUGGCAGCGAUGGAUGACGUCGCAGCGAUGCUUCCUCGUACCACCAGCUUUGAGCUGCAGCGAGCUGGCAUGAUGGAGGCCUUGUACGUAUGUGCGACGAGCCCGGCCCAUCCCUGUGAGCUGGAAGCACGUCGUGAGAAAAUGCGCUCAGUCCUGUCUGUGUGCCGCGCCUCGCUGUGGACGACGCUGCAUGAAAACUUGAACCAUCUAGCGGAUAUGCCGGUCGUAUCGGCGGGCGGCGUAGCAUCGCUGACGAAGCAAGUGAGGCUGCGUCUCGAGGCGGACGAAGCUACGGCCCGACGCCUUCCUCGCCACUUCUCGUCGUUCACAGUCUCGAUCCAUGCCAUCGUCACGACGCAGGCUUUGCACGACUUCCUCAAGCCAAAGCUGGAGCUGGUCCUUUCGUCGCAAGGCAAGGAAGGAUUGUCUGGCAUGCUAGCGGCCCUGGCGGCGGCGUCUGGCACACCCGCCAACUCGUCCCAGCCGGAGAGUGAAGACAAUACCAACGAUGACGAGGACGAGGACGAGGCGACCCAGGAGUCCUCGUCCAAAUCCUAUGCGGCGGCAGCGCAAUCGCCAAGCAGUGCAUGGCACCUUUCGUUCCGUGUGAACGAUGUCCCUAUGCCUCUGAAUGCGACAGUGUACCAUUGCAUCCCACAGACCACCUCAGAUGAGGCGAUGCCUACCAUCACCUACACGCUCGUACGAGGCGCGGCGCCCCCCGUGCCCCCUGUCCCAUCUCCACCACGUAUGCCACGCAGCCCUGGCUACGAAGUGGCUUUGCCCCCGAGCGUGCCUACGUCGGCGCCGUAUGCGCGGACGCUUCAGCUGCUAGGUGCAUUGCGUGACUUGUGGGAUGAUCAAGUGAGUGAUGACGAUCUUGUGAACACACGGCUUACAGCCAAGCUCAAUCAGCAGCUGCAAGAGCCGCUGAUCCUCGCAAGCGAGGCAAUGCCGGCGUGGGUGAAGGAGCUGCCACAUACCCACUCGUUCCUCUUCGCGUUUGAGACACGAUUGCAGUACCUGCGCCGCACGUCCCUGGGGUAUGCACGUAUGCUCAGCCAGUUCAAGCAGAGCAGUGCCGAUGAGGUUGUGCAAGCGCUAGCGCAGGUCCCACGUCAAAAGGUCCGGAUCGCGCGUGACAACCUGCUGCCCUCCGCUGUGAAGGUACUCGACCUCUACAGUCGGGGAUCCUCCAUCCUAGAGAUUGAGUACUUCGACGAAGUCGGUUCGGGUAUGGGCCCCACUCUUGAGUUCUAUGCACUGGUCUCGAAGGCCUUGCAGCGGGUCGAGGUAGGCAUGUGGCGUCACGAUUCGCACACCGAGAGCGAGUACGUCUCGUCGCCACACGGCCUGUUCCCCAUGGUCACAGAGGAUAAAGAUGUCGUGCGUUUGUUCCGCACACUGGGGCAGCUGGUAGCCAAAUCUCUCGUGGAUGCGCGCAUUAUCGACGUGCCAUUCCACCCGCUGUUUUGGCGUGCUGUUCUAGGCCGUCGUGUCCCUUGCACACUGGCGACGUUGGGCAGCGUUGAUCCUGCGCUGGAAACGUCGCUCAGCUCUCUCCUGCGUAUGCCCACAGAUGAGGUGGCUGCCCUGAGUCUUGAGCCAUGCUUCCCUGGUACGGACUGUGUCCUGCCUGGCUGGGAUCAAAACACGCCCAUCGAUGGGGCAAAUAUAAAAACGUAUGUGGACGCUGUGAUAACGAUGGCUCUGCAGAGUGGCAUCGAAAAACAACUGGACGCGUUCCGCGAUGGUAUUGCAUACGUAUUGCCAUUGUCGGCGCUAGAUGUGUUCCAGUCAAAGGAGCUCGUUGUGCUCUUUGGACAAAGCCAAGAGGAUUGGGAUGAGGCCACAUUGCUGCGUACGGUGGUACCUGAUCAUGGAUUCACAAGCGACAGUACACACUUCAAAGAUCUUCUUGCGAUCCUUGCCUCCUUUUCCCUCGAGGAGCGCCGAACAUUCCUGCAAUGGCUCACAGGCUCACCACGUCUCCCGGUGGGUGGAUUUACUGCACUACAGCCACCACUCACCGUUGUACGCCGUUUGCCUGAUGCGCCCCUUCAACCGGACGAUUACCUGCCCAGUGUUAUGACGUGUGUGAAUUACCUCAAACUCCCAUGCUACUCUAGCCGCGAGAAAAUGAAAGAGCGGCUUUGGACGGCCAUGCAUGAAGGUCUAACGAGUUUCCAUUUAUCAUAG